CAGGCACUCGCUAGCCAUUGCGAACCGUGUUCGCCAAUGCGAUAGUGUUUUCUCGUUUAUCGUUCGACGAUAUCUCGGUCGGUCGAGCGAGAAGGAACCUUGGAUACGAAAUUUCGGCCGAGACCUUGAGACGAGCCGAGCCGUUUCGUCAAAGUUGCUCGAGUCAGACGCGCCACUUGGCUUCCUUUGCGCCGGUUGUUCGUGCACUGCCGCCGACCGACAUAUCGCGAACGUGAAGGAGAGAAAGAGGAAGAGAUAGGAGAGAGAGAGAGAAAGAUAGAGAAAGAGAGAGACAGAGAGAUUCGAGGUUCUCUUUUUUCUUUUUUUUCGGAUUUUGCGGUCGAUAGAGGGGAAGAGUUACGUAUCGAGGAAGAGGAUCGAAUUGUUUGGAUCGGAGGAGAGGAGGAGGGAGCCGAUGUUUGGUAAAAACAGGAAAAAAUGUCGGGUGAGACAGAGGGAUAGUUUCGUGGCAAGUUCAAGGCUGAGAAGAUUUGCGCGGUCGGCAAACUGGAUUCAUUGAGCGUGGACAAAUUGAGUGUCGAGAGUGCGUGCUCGCCUGGAUGAAGUUGCACCGAGUUGCUACUGGAUGAUAGAGAGAUAGAGGAAUCGUUACGAUAGACAGGUGGCUCGGAAGAGAGAGAGAGAGAGAGAGAGAGAGAGAGAGAAAGAGGAAAAGAAGAGGUUUUCAAAAGUGCGGGGAGAGACCGAGACGUCUCUGUAUCGGAUUCACUUUACUCCAGCCUUUAACUGUCAACCGAUCUACAGAACGAAAUUCGACAGAAGUCAAAAAAAAUGGCUUUAAUAUGGUAUAUUGGGAUUAUCACAAUCCUAGUUAUAGACAAAACACAGGCAGAUUUUAAGGUUUCAACUCAAGAUUUAACUGUUCAUUUAAAUAGUCAAGAAUCAUUUGAUUUGUACCUGACGGAAAUGUUAUCUGAAGAUAUAGUCGUAAAAUUCGAAGUGCAACAUCAAGAUUUAGUUCGUAUAAAUCCAGAUGAAUUAAAAAUUAAUAAAACUGAUAUACAGAAGAACUGGUCUAUAAGUGUAAAAGGUCUCAAUGCAGGACACUCAAUUGUUAGUGUUAAUGUCAUACCUAACAAUGUUUUAAAUUUUUCAGAUGCGUUUGUUAGAGUGACAGUUGAAAAAUCAGAUAUACUUUAUCACAUAAGUAUUGUGGUAGGAUGGUUUUACUUUCUAGCUUGGAGUGUGAGUUUUUAUCCACAAAUAUACAGUAAUUACAAACGCAAAAGUGUUGUAGGAUUAAAUUUUGAUUAUUUAUCAUUAAACUUAGUUGGUUUUAUUAUGUAUGCACUUUUCAAUUGUGGUCUGUUUUGGAUACCAAUAGUGGAGCUUGAAUAUUUUAAAAGAUAUCCAAAAGGUUUAAAUCCUGUACAAAUGAAUGAUAUUUUUUUCGCAUUGCAUGCAACAUUUGCGACUGUGAUAACAAUUAUUCAAUGCUUUAUUUAUGAGAUAGGAAAUCAAAGGGUAUCUACAACAGCACGUAUUAUUCAUGGAAUAAUUAUAGUUUUUAUUUUAAUUUCUAUAAUAUUAGCUAUAGCAAAUGUAAUAACGUGGCUUGAUUUCCUAUAUUAUUGUAGUUAUGUUAAAUUGAGUAUAACAUUAAUUAAAUAUGUUCCACAAGCAUUUUAUAAUUAUAAAAGAAAAUCCACUGUUGGUUGGAGUAUUGGCAAUAUAUUUUUAGAUUUUACUGGUGGUAUGUUAUCAAUGCUGCAGAUGAUACUCAAUGCAUAUAAUUACGAUGAUUGGGAAAGUAUUUUUGGAGAUCCCACAAAAUUUGGUUUGGGAUUCUUUUCAGUAGCAUUUGAUAUAUUUUUUAUUAUACAACACUAUGUUUUGUAUAGAGUAGAUAAUGAGAAUGCAAGAAGUACCGAAAUACUGCAUAAACAAGAGAAUUCAUAUGAUGAAGAUUCGGGACGAUACCUAAAAGAUACGUAUUGUUGUGGUUUCCUAACUAGAAUUGGAAAUAGAUUAUAACUAGAAAUAGAUAUAUAUUAUAACUAGAUUAUAAACAAAUAUAAUCUAUGAAAUUUCAUUUCAAUAGAAAUGAAAAUUCAGAGCUCAGUAUUUAAAACAUUUUAAUACAUAUCGUAUAACGCUAGAUAUACAAAAUUUACAUUCCAUUCAAAAUUUUGUAAUAUGUUUUUUUGUAAAUGAGAUUAUUUUAUUUUUAAAUGUUUUAACGAAUCUCAGUUGGUUGUUUAUUGUGCAAUAAAAAAAAAAUCCUUGCUUAAUAGUUGGAACUGUAUUAACAUGCUAAACGAUAUUAUAUAUAUAUAAAAUAUUAUAUAUACAUAAAAUAGAAAAUAUCAUUAUUAUUUUCUAUUUUUCAUUGAAUAAUUAUAAAUAUUUAUCCAAAAUUUUUAAAAAUUAUUGAAAACUGUGAUUAUUCGUUGUUUUACAUUUGUGUACUUAUUUUGAAAUUAUAAUAAAAAUUAUUUGCAUGUU